GUGACGUUAAUGAGGUGUUGUAGCUUUGAGAGUUGAGUCCGUGAGCACUGUGAGAUGAAUGAACGAAAGGGUACGGACUGUUUAUGCUGAGAACAAUCUUUAAUCAAGCUGUAAGUUUGCUGUGAAUAUCACACACUUGGACAUCAAGAAUGCAAAAACAUGUGUUUAUUUUAGGAAAGAGCAAUAGACUACAGUUUCGAUGUGAGCAAUGUGUUUCCUAAUACAAUAACAGGCAAGCGAACAGACACGUCAUGAGUCAGGCAUGCUGUUUCCUGGAGACCAAACCUGGAAUGCGUUUUCCACAAACGUGCUGCAGGUUAAAAAAAAUGCUAAGGACUCCAGCAAGCAGCCGGAUCUCAGCUUGAAUCGUGGGAGUGGACCCAAGCGAUUUGUCGUUGAGUGUGCAGCACACAGUGAGCCUUAAGAGGCAACUGAUUGACUGUGUGAUGUGAAGCCGGAACUGGACGGAGUCCUCUUGGACAGCUGCCCAUCCAGCUGUGGAAUGGCAUCUUCGCUGCAGUUUCACGUGUUUACCUCGCCAGCCACAGGAAUGAAUGGAGCACAGCCGCAGCGAUAGGAGCUGGCUAUGGUGCUGAAACCAGUUGGGUUUUGCAGCAGGCUUUCCUCAGCUGUUGCUGCCGCUCUCCCUGGGCAUUGGGAGCCGUUUGGAAGUAUUCUCCCUGCUCUUUCCGAUCGGCUCGCUGAAAGUCGUCAGAUAAAACAGAGGCGACUACACCGCGGGAGACAACAAAAAAAACCCACAUCGUGCAUUUCUCAACGAUGAGGGCAAAUUGUAAACUCCAAUUGUCGCCUUCUCAAUGAGAAAUCGAGCCGCAACAGUGAAGGCUCGAUCAUUCCGGCUCAUUCAAAGAAUGAAGAUUUGAGAAACAGCCGAUUUUAACACUUCUGAUCUUACUGACUCGAAAGCGAUCUUUACGGGAAAUCAGUCGCUUUCCAGCAAAAGAGGAUCCAGCGCAAGCCGGUUCUAGGAAACAGAUCUGCACUCAGUGACGAAUGCACAACAUCAUAGAUCACCAACCAGACAUGGCUACUGCGCUGUUAGCUGGAGAAAAGCUCAAGGAGCUGAUCCUUCCGAGCCAACAAGAUGAGAAAGGUUCGCCCUUUGCAGCCUUCAUGGUUCAACUAAAGCUAGAACUCCCCUUCGACAGAGUAGUGUCCAUCGGAACUGUCAUUAUCCCCAUCCUCUUAGUCACAUUGGUAUUUACUAAAAAUUUUGCAGAAGAGUCGAUAUACUGUUACACGCCCAACAAUUUCACCCGUGACCAGGCGUUAUACGCCCGAGGAUACUGCUGGACCGAGCUGAGAGAUGCUGUGCCGGGUGUGGAGCCGAGUCAGCGGCCAUCCCUGUUUGAGCACAAGUUCCUCCCGUACGCGCUGCUCGCCUUCGCCGGUAUCAUGUACAUCCCAGCCCUGGGCUGGGAGUUCCUGGCAUCCACCAGGCUGACCUCGGAGCUCAACUUCCUGCUUCAGGAGAUAGACAACUGCUACCACCGCGCCGCGGAGGGGAGGGCUCCCAAAAUCGAGAAGCAGAUCCAAUCGAAAGGGGCGGGCAUCACGGAGAAGGAGAAAAGGGAGAUCAUUGAGAACGCGGAGAAGGAGAAAAGCCCGGAGCAGAACCUGUUCGAGAAAUACCUGGAGCGGCGAGGCCAGAGUAACUUCUUGGCCAGGCUUUACCUGUCGCGGCAACUGUCGGUGGUGUUCCUCAGUAUCAUCCCAAUCAGUUACCUGUGCACGUACUACGCCAACCAGAAACAGAACGAGUUCACUUGUCCUUUGGGAGAGCCCCCUGACCUGUCCAGCAGUGAGGCACUCCAUGUCCAUGUCAAUUGUAAGCUGCCUUCGGUGCAGAUGCAGCGCAUCAUCGCCAUCGUGGACAUUGUACUGCUGUGCUUCAUCAACCUGAUCAUUCUGAUCAACCUCAUCCAUCUUUUCAUCGUCAGGAAGUCCAACUUCAUCUUCGACAAGCUGCAUAAGGUCGGCAUCAAGACCAAAAAGCAGUGGCAGAAGUCGCAGUUCUGCGACAUCAACAUCCUCGCCCUGUUCUGCAACGAAAACCGCGACCACAUCAAGUCGCUGAACCGUCUGGACUUCAUCACCAACGAGAGCGACCUGAUGUACGACAACGUGGUGCGCCAGCUGCUGGCCGCUCUGGCCCAGUCUAACCACGAUGUCACUCCCACCAUGCGCGAUGCCGGUAUCCAAACCAUUGACCCCAGUGUGGACCCCGCAGACAUCGACAACAACGAGCAGCUCAUCAUAAAGAGGCCCCGAAAGAAAAUGAAAUGGAUCCCAACCACCAACCCACUGCACCAGCCUUUCAGAGAGCCCUCCAGUGCCUUCAAGUUGGAAAACAACAAGGGGGAGAAACCCAAACCCGCAAGGAGAAAAACAGCGACGGACGGUCUCGCCGCUCCUCUCCUGGACUCGACUUCGAAAUAUUUUCAAGAUUCAUCUUCCAGUAAAAGCGAAGGGAACACAACUGUCAAUGGUGAGAAAAAGCACAGUCGGCACUUGUCUUUGGAUGUUCAUCCGUGCAUUGUGACCAGCAAAAAGACCAGGCCACAUCAGGAAACUUGCACUUCUAAGAGUCAGGAUGGGAACUUCUUACACUCAGAGGAGAACAUGUUGACACAUGUACCAUCUCCUAUCAAAGAUAGUAAUCUGUCUGAAGGAGGUGCUGCAAGCAAUAUUAAAUAUUCAUCAGAGAGCUGCCUAACUCUCCCCAUCAGUAAAGCCUAUGCUACCAACUACACAAACAACUUGCCAACUGUAACAGUUCCAUCCAAUCUAGAAAAGGAUGUCUGUGAAACAAAGGCCCAGUUCAACCGCAACCCUACUCACCCCUUAAUCAACAUCCAAAACAUCCCAGCACUUUAUGAAGAUCGCGAGGAUGAAGCAUUUUCCUCCAGCUUUCUAAAUGCAAGAGUCACUUCCUCUGCAGAUGCAACAGAUUUACCUACGCGUUCACCAGAGAAGAUAUUACUCGCUACAUUUGAAGACCCUAUUGUAAUGGUUAGCACGAUAGAAUAUUAACAAAUUAGAUAUGCAGUAGAAUUAGUUCAAUCAUAUGGUUGAUAUUGCAUCAUUGGGAGAUGAAAUUGGCAGAAGUACUAACCUCUCCAUCUGUUCAGUAACUAACAUAUAAAGCAAAUAGUGUUCUGAAUGUGUCCCCCAUGAGUUUCCUUAGAUGCAAAAUAGCUAAUGGGUGUGUUUCCCAAGCAGAAAAAUUGUUUUUGAAUCAAAAACUCUCAUGACUCAAUAUAUUUUACGGUGCUUAGCUUUAUUAAUUGUUACUUAGGUUUAAAUAUCUAUUCUAAAACUGCCAGCAGCGCAAUGCAACAAAGAAUUGAUGGAGUUACCAACUGGAGUUUACAGUCAGACAGUUUAAGGACUAUAAUUAGUAAGUCUUGCUGUCAGAAAGCAAAAGCAUGCAGUGCUAUUGAAUAGAUGCUGACACAGAGAAUAGAAGAAAGUACUCUUCACUGGUUCUUUGUUCGAAAUGAUACCAAUAAAGAACCAAUAAAUGUUUACACAGUUUAUUUUUACACAUCUUUUAUUCACUACAUUAGCAAGAAAGCUACUUCAUAGCACAAAAAUGCAAUAAACAGUAACAAGAAUCACAAAACUCCAAAGCAGCUGUAACCUGUUUACUUUUUACUUCAACUUUUAAGGAUUUUUAUGCUUUGGAUUUUAUUUGCUGAAAAUGUUACCUUAAAUAGUAGAAUAACAAGAGAUUUCUGUAUUCCAUUUCUUACAAAACAUAAAUACACCGAUUGUAUAA